CGCAGGUGGGAGUUCCCGGGGCACCAUCUCCCGGUGCCGCCCGCGUCCCCGGUCCUUUCGACCUCGUCUCCUGCGCCACGGCCCGUGGCUCUCCCUGCCCCACGCGGUGCAUCCGGAAACGGCUCGAGGAGCAGCCCCGGCACGGGCUGAGCCGGGACACGCGCGCGGCGGACACCGGGCGGCAAAGCAUGAGCCUGUUAACCAGAGCGCGUGAGACCGGGUGAAAUGAGGGCUGUGGAGGCCAGCACCCUUCAGCAGGAGAGGCUGCAGGCCAUCGCGGAGAAGCGGAAACGUCAGACGGAGAUCGAGAACAAAAGGCGGCAGCUCGAGGACGACAGGCGGCAGCUGCAGCAUCUCAAGUCCAAGGCUCUGCGGGAGAGAUGGCUGCUGGAGGGGGCUCCGGCCUCAGCCUCCGAGGAGGACGAGGCCAUGAAGAAGCAGAUGCAGGAGGAUGAGGUGAAGACCAAGGAGCUGGAGGAAGCCAUCCAGAGGCUGGAGAAGGAGCUGGAGACGCUGGAGAACGGCAGCUCGGCGGCUUCCACCAAGGAGAACCUGGCGGCGGUGGCGUCGCCAGCCAAGGAGGAGAAGGCAGAGGCUGUCCCCAACAUGCAGAAGAGUCCCCUGGGCACAGUCAAGGGCGGUCGCCUCUCCUCUCUGUCCCCAGCCGAGAAGAAGGUCUCCAGCAGCCCCAUGAAGGCGGUGGAAGGCACUGACAUGAUGAAGGCAGCCAUGUACUCAGUGGAGAUCACGGUGGAGAAGGACAGAGUGACUGGGGAGACCAAGGUCCUGUCCAGCACCACCAUGCUCCCCCAGAACCACUGUCUGCAGGGGGUCAAAGUGUACGAGGAUGAGCUGAAAGUGGUGCACGCAGUGAGCGCCGAGGACGGAGCCCUGCAGAACGGGGCCCACCCCCUCAGCUCCUCCGAGGUCGACGAGCUCCUGCACAAGGCGGACGAGGCCACCCUGAGCGAAGCCGCCGGGCGGGAGGCCCCGGCCAAGGUGGGCAAGGAGGCCGGCAGCGCCCCGGCCAGCCAGAAGCCAACGCCGCGGCGGGAGAUCACGGGGCUGCAGGCCAAGCCGCGGGAAAGCACCGUGGUGCUGCCGCCGGGCGAGGGGAUGGAGCCGAGCCGGGAGCAGCCCGUCACCAUGAUCUUCAUGGGCUACCAGAACGUGGAGGAUGAGGACGAGACCAAGAAGGUGCUGGGGCUGGAGGGCACCAUCAAGGCUGAGCUGGUGGUGAUCGAGGACGCCGAGAGCAAGCCGGAGCCGGCGCGCAAGGACCACGCACCGCCCAACGGCACCGCGCUGGAGCCCGUGGCCGCCCAGCCGCUGGGAGAGGAGGGUCCGGGCGGGCAGAAGCCGGGCGCCAACGCCACAGACACCAAGGAGGCCGAGCAGGAGACGGACGUGAAGAAGCAGCGCUGCAAGUGCUGCACGGUGAUGUGAGCCACGCCGCCGCCGGAGCAGGCUGCCCCCGCCGAGCCCCCUCCACCCCGGCCCCCGCUAGCCAGGCCCGCCGCCCCGGCACGCCGGGCUCCCUCCCCCACCGGACACGGACCCUCUUUCUGCAGAACCGGGGAGAUCCAACACGGCGCCUGCAAAGCCGCAGCAGGCAGCAGCGAACCGCGGCCGCGGCACCGCUCGCCCCGUCUGCCUGACAUCCGCCCCGCGCCGCACCCCACCAGCGCUGCCUGUGAUAUUUAUUAGAGACCCCCCCUCGUCCCACGGCACGCCCACCCCCACCCACGGCCCGGCCUCACCCUGCGCCGGAGCCCUCCUGCCGACGACGCCGGAGCCUUUCCCUCCUCUCACCGGCAACUUCCCACCUGCUGUCGGAGGACGGAGCUGGCCGGGCUGGGGGAUCGGAGGACGCCGCUGCGUCUGUAGAUGACUCCUGGGGAGCCGGUGGCCGGUGGGACCCACGCUUGGCCCAGCCCGUGGUGGGCACGGAGCCAGCCCUAUGCCAGCCCCUCUCUCCGCACCUCCAUCGUCCCCUUCUCCUGCAGGGAAAGGCCCUGGGCUGCCCCCCCCACCUGCCCACGGAUGUCCCUGCUCCAUCCUGCGUCCUCGUCCCCACGCCCCUGGGCUCCCCAAGCCGUGAGCCCCUCCGGGAUGGAGCGUGUCCAGGCAAGGGAAGGGCGUUGAGGGCAGCGUCCCCUCCGCAAUGCUCGACUGCGGUUGGGAGCUCACAGUGGGCUCCUCACCCUGGUGCUCGCGGUGACGGCUGCCACCAUCCAGGUACCGAUGCUGCAGGCUGCCACAGACUCCCACGGGGCCAUUCCCCCGUCUUGGCUGCCAUGCUGGUGUCACUGGGCUCUACUGGUUGAGAGGUGCUGUGGCCGGCUGCCUGUGUCCUCUAGGGGCGACGUGGGUGGCGAUGGCAGCGAGGGAAGGGGAGCUGGGGGGCCCCAGUCCCAUGGGGAUGGGGUGGGAGCUCCCAUGCCCCCUUGCAGCAGUGGGAGGAUGGCCCUGCACCGCGUCCCUCUGCUGCCUGGUGGCAGCAGCUUUGCAGAGCCGCUUUCUGGGGCCCCAGGCUGCAGUGGGGCAGCCCAGUUCACCCCAGGCACCGGGACUGGGAGCUGCCAGGGGUCCGGUGUCCCACGGGGGGUGUUCCCGGGACACCGUGUCCGUGCCGGGACUGCGAGCAGCCUUCCCCGCUCCCCCCACCCUGCGCCCCAGCCCUUCAGCGGGGAUUUCACCACCAGCACCAGCGUUUCCUCCCCACUGAGACCCGCUGGGGCAGGCAGGGAGGGUGGGGAGGGUGGGGGGGGCCCACGAUGGCACCCGUGGGUGCUGAGCCCUGCCCAAACCCUGGGUUCUUCUGCCGCAGCAGCUGACACAUCUCACGGGCGUUGGGCACGCGGCUCCCGCUGAGCCCACCUCACCACCUUGUGGGUCCAGCAUCCCAGGGGCACGGUCCUGCCCUGCCCCACCCCGGCACGGGGGCUGCCAUCGGGGGGGGGGGGCCAUCUCCCACCAGCCCUGUCCCAAACAUGCUGGGGCUCGGACCCCCAUGUGCCAGCCCUGGGCCAGGGUUGCUUUCGGUGCCGGUGCCCCACGUCGGCUGGCUGCAGCCGGGCUGGCAGUGCCCGGUCCCCACGCCCCGGGGACACGGGAGCUUUGGGCAGGGCGCAGCUGGAUGGAGCGUGGCCCAGCUGCCAGCCAGCCAGCACAGGGGUCCUCGUCCGAGUGGGUCCCUGCUGCCGAGCGCGGCCAGGCAAGUCCCCAGGGAUCCCCCGAGCCCCCGGCGAAGUGUGUGCAGAGCAGCCCUCGCGCUGCCCAGCCCACCGGGACGCGGGUGGUAGAGCAGCCACGGAUGGGGCUCGGCCCCCCAACGCCUUCCCUCCCCACCCCCUGCCUUCCCUCCCCCUUCUUGUGUGAGCAGUGAUCCCCCCCAUGACAUCCCAGUUGCCCCCCAGUUACCACUCAGGCUGCAGUUUUCCCUCCAACGGAGUCACUGCAGGGAGAGGGGAGGGGGCAGGGGCCGAGGUCAGGGGCUGUUGGGGGGCUGCGAGGGGCUGGCGGUGCUGCCAUGCCAGUCCUCCCCUGGGGACCCCAGCCCCGAGCCCUGGCCGGGCACUGAAAGCCUCUGGGAGAGGCAGAGCUAGGGAAAGGGGUCGGGGCUGGCACCCCCGGGGGGGGAGAAGGGGGAGCCUCUCCUGCCUCUCCCACAGACCGGCACCACUGGAGCCCCAUCGCUGCAGAGCGGGGGGCUGGGGCUGGAUGCUGCGGGGCAUCUGCCCCAUUGAUCCUGGGGGGCUGGGUUAGGGCUAGGUCCCCAACGGGGAUGCACGUCACCUCCUGCCACCCCCUCGCUGGGAGCCAGCACCGCUUGUCCCAUCCUGCCCCAGGUCCUUUAACACCCCCCCCCGACCCCCAGCCAGGACCCCCUCCCACCCUCAGCACCCCCUGCCCCUCGGUUGGCUUCGGACCCAUCGCUGGCCCCAUCCGGCCCCCGCAGUGGCAGGGAGUGGGAUCAGGCCCCUGCGGGGCCGGGGCCGGCCGGGGCUGAGCAUCAGCAGGCGGAGGACCCCGGCCGUGCACCCCAGCCCCGUCCCGGCCAGCCCCCACUGCCCCCCGCCUGGCUCCGCUGAAGUGCACUUCCCACGCUCCCGUGCUUUUCACUUGUGCCGAAGCCGUUUGAAGUUUUUCCCCCUCCCCGGCCCUCCCCGUUGUUUGUAAGACACCCGAACCGAGCAAAUAAAUAAACUGUGUGAACAACCA